CGUCUCCCUCUCUGGUGCCGACGAGCAUUUGUGAUUUAAAAAACAACAUAGUUGAAUGGUGUUUGGUCGUCCAGGAGGAUUACAGACUGGCACCGCAAUAUAUCACAAAGAUAAUUUGUCCCUUACACUUUUUUGAAUCUACUUUUGGAGUCCCUGCUCUUGUGAUCUAUUUAGACCCGUUUUUCCAAAGCAAAGUUUUCUCCAUGAGUAUCCAGUCCGCGCGCAGCAGCACUUGAUCUCGGCGGGGAAGCGGAGAAAAGGAAGAUGACCAUUCACGUCGAGGGUCUCGUGGCUAUCGUGCUCUUCUAUGUCCUGAUUCUGUUUGUGGGGAUCUGGGCUGCGUGGAAGAAUAAGAACUCUGGAGUUGGCGAAGGCAUAGAUCGGAGCGAGAGUAUCAUGGUUGGGGGAAGGGACAUCGGCUUGUUCGUUGGUGGAUUUACGAUGACCGCCACUUGGGUGGGAGGGGGCUACAUUAAUGGAACAGCAGAAUAUGUCUACCUCCCAGGUUUCGGCCUGGCCUGGGCACAGGCACCCUUUGGUUAUGCUCUCAGCCUUGUAGUAGGGGGCCUUUUCUUUGCCAAACCCAUGCGAUCACGUGGAUAUGUGACCAUGCUGGAUCCCUUCCAGCAGCUAUAUGGAAAAAGGAUGGGUGGUCUGCUGUUCAUCCCUGCACUCAUGGGAGAAAUCUUCUGGUCUGCAGCUAUUUUGUCCGCUUUGGGUGCGACUCUCAGUGUGAUAGUGGAUAUAAAUAUCAACAUGUCUGUGGUGAUCUCAGCACUGAUAGCCAUCUUCUACACACUUGUUGGAGGACUUUACUCUGUUGCAUACACAGAUGUGGUCCAGCUCUUCUGUAUCUUUCUGGGUUUGUGGAUCAGUGUGCCUUUUGCUCUGUCCAAUCCUGCCGUGUCAGACAUCGGUGUUACAGCCAAGAAAACAAUCUAUCAAUCUCCUUGGCUCGGGAAGAUUGAGCCCGAAGACAAUUGGCUCUGGGCGGACAACUUCUUUUUGCUUAUGUUGGGGGGGAUUCCCUGGCAGGUCUAUUUUCAACGGGUUCUUUCUGCUUCUUCAGCUACCUACGCCCAGGUCCUUUCAUUCCUUGCUGCCUUCGGUUGCUUGGUCAUGGCUGUCCCCUCUGUCCUCAUAGGAGCUAUAGGGGCUUCCACUGACUGGAACCAAACUACAUAUGGUUCCCUCCCUCCAAAGGAUAAGGAUGAGUCAGACAUGAUCCUUCCUAUAGUGCUUCAGCACCUCUGCCCACCAUACAUCUCCUUCUUUGGUCUGGGGGCUGUGUCAGCUGCAGUCAUGUCAUCAGCAGACUCAUCCAUACUCUCAGCCAGCUCCAUGUUUGCCAGGAACAUUUAUCAGCUCGCGUUUCGGCAGUCGGCCUCAGAUCGGGAGAUUGUUUGGGUGAUGCGCCUCACCAUCUUUGUGUUCGGAGCUCUGGCCACUGCCAUGGCAUUGUUAACAGGAUCAGUAUACGGCCUGUGGUACCUGAGCUCUGAUCUGGUCUAUGUCAUCAUAUUCCCCCAACUUCUCAGUGUGCUGUUCGUUAAGGGCACCAACACCUAUGGUUCUGUGGCUGGUUAUAUCUUUGGUCUUCUGCUGCGCAUUGGUGGGGGGGAGCCCUACCUCAAACUACCUCCAUUCAUCUAUUACCCUGGCUGGGUGACCCAGGAGAAGGUCCAUCACCUCACUGGAGAUGUAGAGCACUUUGUCCAGCAGAGGUUCCCCUUCAAGUCUGUGUCCAUGGUGGCAUCCUUCUUGGCCAAUGUGUUUUUUUCUUACCUGACAAAGUAUCUAUUUGAAAGUGGUAUGCUGUCACAUAAGUACGACUUCCUGGAUGCUGUUGUUUCCAAGCACAGCAAGGAGAUAAUGGACAAGGCUACACUGGUAAGCAACCAUGAUAACAUAAUUCUUUCAGAGAUGGCUCCUGUCAGGCAGGUCUUGGGUGCCUCACUUGCUGGGACCUUUACCAACACGGAGGUCCUCAGUGAUGAUGGGGCAUCUAGUCCAGAGGCUUUUCACAAUGAAGAUUAGACAUUUAAGGCACAAAGUAAACUAGAACCAAGGAAUGUAAAGAAGAAGGAACAGUCAAAAGAGGCAUCAAUAUUCUUCAGGAAAAUUACUACUGCCACACUGGGAGCCAAAUCAACAGAGCAUCUGCUGUGGCUUUCAAGUGACUCCAAGUUUCUGACGGCAAUAUGGUGCCUCCUUCUUUUUUGAGAUUCCUUGCCUAGAAACAGCAAACAGACUCAAUCACCUGUGCGAAUCAUGCCACACUCAUUCUUGUGUUUUCUUAUCAUGACUCUGUGAAACUUUAACCGUUUUCAUUUAAGUGCUGCUAUAGUGAUCGGAGGAACUUUGGAUGGAUGUACAGUGGGCCUUUAUGAGCAAGUCUACAAGGAUUUGUUGUGGAUCAUGAAAAUAGUGCAAUAUCUAACCAAGAAACUGUGUCCACAUCUACAAGUCAUUAUACAAAGCAUAAUAUACGUAAGUUCGUUUACAUGCACCUGACAACUAAGCUUUUAUCAUACUUUGAGUUUCAUGUAGAACAACUUUAUUGAUAGAGCAAUAAUAUUUUUAGGAUCCACAUUGUACAGCUAGAUAGAUUUUACUGAAUUUGAUUUUUACCAUGUCUUGUUUAAACCUGAAGACCAGUAGAUGUUUGCAAGUUUUAUGUUCUGUUUUCAGCUCGAUUUAAUCUUCUUGCUGAAGUCCAUAAUUAUAUGACCAAACCGUGACUUUACCAAAUAGAAGAUACUGGCUAAAUCAGCAAAAUCCCAAACAACGUUCCAUAAAAACAUUUUUUUCAUUCACUGCCAACAGUUAGCAAGCUAACUACCAUCUUUGUUGUAUUGACAAGAUUUCACUAAACAAAAGAGAUCAAUGAGUAAGAGCAUAAGAAGAAUUCAUUUGGGGGGGGGCAAAAUACAGGGCAAAAUUAUCGUUCAUUUGAAUGCAAUGGGUGGUGUUGUGGUUAACAUGCUCGCCUUACACCCGAAAGAUCGCCAGUUCAUAACUGAGAGGAGACACAAAGCCAGCCUCAGGAGGUCACAAGCUAGUGUACUCCCACUAUUUUGACCCAAGUCCCUACCUGGAUAAAUGGCAGGGUUGUGUCAGGAAGGGCGUCCACUGUAAAAAUCUGUGCCAAAUAAAAUAUGUGGAUACAUCCUCUGUGGUGGAACUAAGGGAGCCACCGAGAGUACCUAUCCAUCAGAUUAAUGAAACUUCUGCUCAGCUCUGUUUUAAUCUUUGCUAUUCUUGUCAGUACUGACGAGUCCCUAAAGUUACAACUUUAGGGACUUUAUUGUAACUUUAACCCAAUCUCUUUAAUGUGAGCUGACGAGACGGUGAUAGUGAAAUCAGAAAACCAAAACAGUGAGGAAAACGACAACAAUAGUCUGGAGCACAAAAGAGUGGUUCUGAGCUCGGUGAUGUAGUCAUUUGAUCCAGUAUUUAUUCUAAAAUAAAGUUUGAUGGUCAGAGGGAGACAUAAAUAAUGAUCAUAAGCUUCCUGCUACUGACACUAAAGUUCUGCACUGAACCUAAAUUGUGUACUGCUGAAUCAUCAUGAAUCAGAGUAAUUAGACAGGAGCUCUGACUUUUAUUACACUCCACCCCGUGACCUUUCUUUCCCCUUGUACUUUCCAGGCAGCCAUUGUCUUCCCUUCAUUUCAGUGCAUUAUGAAAAUCAAUUUGCUAUCGUUGUUUUUGUCGAACAUACAAUGGGAAUACAUCUUUAAACUACCAUUCAUUUACAACUGCAAUGCUACGUAAUGGUAACACUGACACCAGUAAAAGCACAUGAUGUUCAUUUUGCAAACAGAUUUUAUAAAUGACUGGAACCUAAUAGCAGCCUGGAAAUAAAUCUCAAUACAAGACGCGACAGUGAACUUUGAAAGUAAUCAAGAACACUUCAGUGAUUUUUAUUUUUAACAUGAACUCACAGAAGCCAUUUUGAAAUAUAUAUAUAUGUGUGUGUGUGUGCACCUAUGAUGGUUUGUUUUCUCAUCCUAAAGCUGUAUUGACUGGCCAGCCACAGCAGGUUACUGGGGACAGGAAAUGAUUGUUCCUCCCAGGACGGUGUUAGUAGCACCAGUCAUCAUCGAUCCGGCCCCAAGUCGAUCAGCCCUCAGGACAUUUGAUUAAUGCUGCACAGAGGUUCAAAAAUGAUGGUUUGUAAGGAGUGUGUUACAGUGCGAUGUUAGCGGUGAUGAAAGUUGAAGUGUUACUUGAUUGAGCACCCUCAUACAUUGUUCAGUACAAGUCCUUACAUUGUCACGGGCCUGGCAGUUUUAAACAACCGGACACACUGCUGCUCUGUGUGGAAAAAAGAACAAAAGAAACAAAAAAAUCUGUCAAGCUUUUUGGCAUUGUUAUGUGUUACUGUUGUCCAGUUGACUUCACUGUGUUUAUCUCCUCUUAGCAUCGUUGUGGUUCGUUGGUGUCUUUUUGAAUCUUAUGGACUUGCCUUAAUUCAAACGUCAGUGGUAAAAAAUGAGUGGUUUAGGAACAUGUUGAAAAGGUGACAUGUAUGAAAUAUUUUUCCAUUGAAGGAUAAGGCUGAUAAUAUUCUAGAUGUUCUUGUCAAAGUUCAGCAAACCAUACCUGGUUUAGAUUUUUCCCUCAAGAUCACCUUCUCAGAUAGCUUCUUGUGCUGCUGCUAUUUCUGCAUUGCUUUCUGAUAGUCCUGCUAUGACCACUUGCUCUGUGAGAUUUUAUCACAGACCUUAAAAUUGUGCACAAACCUCAACAUCUGCUUCAAACUGAUCGAGGUUUGUAGGUUCAAACCAUGAAGGAGCAACAUCAGCUCAUGAGUAGAACCGGAAGGGUAAGACUACCAUUGUGAAGUCCUACUGCUCUAUCUGAAAAAACAUGACCUCAAACGAUGUGAGCACUUGCCCAAAAUAUAAAUGGAGUUGAAGCUUUAUUGUGUUGACACACUGGAGGAGAUCAGGCAUGCCUGGCAGAGGUAUAAGUGAAUGUGACUGAAUAGCAGAUGUGCUGGAAGCUGUCUGGACUUGCACCAGUAGGCGAUCUUGAACAGGCGAUAGGUCCUGUUUCAAUCUGGAAAGUUUAAGGAUUUUAAUUGGCUGUUUCCCAAAUUUUUUCAACCUUUUACAUUAUCUCUAUUGAUCCCAGAAGUAUGGUGUUUUGUUUUGGGGUUUUUUUGAAAAGGUGAAGCAGUUUCUAAACACAGUUGGGCACUGUGGGAAAAAAAAUGCUACUUACUUUAAAUGUGUAUUUCUUGGGGACUGUUUUCACCCGCUGAUGAGAAAAAUUUGCUGAUUUACUGAAUAGCAACUUCUUUAUGUUUUUUUUCACCUCUAUGCUACAGAGGUAUACACUGAGUAGGAAAGCUAAGGUUUUGGCUUCAGUGGCAAAACUUGUUACAAUCAUAUUAUUGAUGAUUUUUGUCUUUUUAGGCGAUUAGGUCACAAUGUAAAAGAUCUAGAAUAACACCAGCCUUCAUCCUUUAAGAUGGCAGAAUGGCCUUGAAGUUAGUCUAUAGAGAGCAAAGGGGACUUGAGCCCCCAUGUGCAGCCAUAUCAGCUGAGGUACAGUAGGACCUACUAGAUCCUGAUCUGACCUGAACCAGUUUUGGGAUCGAUGAUAAAUCAGCUUCAGCUUCAAACAGGGCGGUCUGGUCUGAUGCUAUGCAAAGUGUCAGGCAAUCUCAUUGGACUUAAAUGUGAAUGUAAAUGUUCUCCUCAACAAAUGAGUGUGCUGUUUCCUGGGUUCAUCCACAAACCCGAGCGCACACGCAGAAAAGAAUCAACGUCAGCUGGUGGACUGACACGUUUUUGGCUCUAUGUCGUAAAUAACAAUGACGCUGUAUUUUUGUGUGAUAAAUGUAUAUACUAAAAAAAAAGAAAAAAGCAUAGGAACAAAUUAGUUUACCUUUAAAUGCAGCACUGAAAAUGAUGUUUGUUGACAGUGAAAUUACAGCUAUUUAUUUAUUUAUUCAUGCAGUGUCUAUAAGAGUAUAGUUGUAAUCGUGAGGUCACUUGAAUAAAUUAUAUUCAUUUA